AGUUACAGCUUUAGUAUCUACCUCCGACAACAGUGGGAUGACCCGAGGCUCUCAUACGACCCGGCACGCGCACUCGAACCGAGUAGCUAUUUGGCUGACAAGAUAUGGGUUCCUGAUCUGAUGUUCAGUCAUGAAAGAGUACUGUUUUUCAUGAUAUCACUACAGAUAACAAGAAUAAGCCUGACACUGCAUUGUGAAAUGGACUUUCAUAAGUUUCCAAUGGACGAGCAAAAAUGUGGUCUACAAGUUGAAAGUUUUCAGUACACUACUGCUGAGCUGGUGUUUGAGUGGAUAGAAAACGAACCGGCUGAAUUCUACCCAGGACAUCUCAAACUACCCCAGUAUGCUCUGAUAGAUACAGUCACAACCAAUUGCACCAAACAACUGAAAACAGGUUGGUAUACGUGCAUUGGUCUGACAUUUAUACUGAAUCGGGAAUUAGGAUACUAUCUACUUCAGACUUACAUACCCAGCAUAUUACUUAUUAUACUAUCAUGGGUGUCAUUUUGGAUUGACAUCAAGAUGUCUCCUGCCCGCGUAGCCCUCGGAAUUACCAGUGUACUGACCAUGAUAACAACCUUAAACGGUGUCAGGGGAGAUCUACCUCAUGUGUCCUAUAUUAAGGCAAUUGACGUAUGGUUUGCAAUGUGUCUCGUAUUCGUGGUGGGAUCUCUCAUAGAAUACGCAAUUGUUCACUACCUUUCCACCAACAGAAUUGGAGUGUGGAAUCACCGAACACCCUCGAAGUUGAAGAAGUCGGACAAUUAUUCAGGAGAUUGUUGUGUCAGUUUGACUAUAGUCGAUCGCUCCAUGCCACCUUUGUACAACAGCAGGUUACCAAGCACCACAAUAAACAAAAUCGAGUCAUCCCAAUCUAAUGCUAGUGAUGAAGGAAAGAUCUGGAUUCGUGGCAAUUGCAGCCGGAAGUCAGAAGCAAUAUACAACACUGGUACAAGAAUAGAUAAAUUGGUAUUUGGGCAAAGAGGAACAGCUCUGGCGUCAGACAUGUUUGAAAUACAGAGUGUGAAUGAAAUCACCAAAAAUGGUACCCACGAAGACCCGAGCUGGGGCCAGGUCAAAUGUUAA